AUGGCCGUGGCGAAUUUCCAAUACAUCACCCGGAUGAGCAGUGGCUUUAAGGUCUACAUUUUAGAGGGUCAGCCCCACCUUAGAAGUGAAGACAGGUACAGACACAUGACGAAUGACCGGGUUCGAGGCCCAACAGUGUAUCCAGUCAAACGCAAGCGCAGCCAUGAGAGAGGUCUCACACUGGAGGAAAGGCGGGAGAGAGUGCUCAGCAGAAACAGUGGCAAAGUGGCCCAGAGAGCAGCACCAGCACCGGCCGUGUUCAACAGCCCACAGAGCCCCACAUCCACCUGGAGUCCAACGCCCAGCCCCCUGCCCGCCCACAUGUACUACGCCCCCAUCAUGGACGAACCUCUCGCCCUCAUCAAGAAACCAAGAAAAGACCCCGAAAAUACAGAGGAGAAGUCUCCAAGCAGCGCCGCUACUCAAAUACAGAUGCGUCCCUCUGUGAUCACUUGUGUGUCUUCAUUAAGAAACCCCUCCGGCAGGUCUGAGGUCCACAGGAGCCACACAUCAGGUGCUUCAAAGAGCAGCUACGAUCAUGUGGUCGAUGAGCAUUUCCAGAGGAGCCUGGGCAUGAACUACCAGAAGGCCCGCUCCAAGCAGCUCUCCAUCAGCGUGUCCGUCGACGACCACUUCGCCAAGGCCUUGGGAGACAAGUGGCUGCAGAUCAAAUCCAAGUCCUCCUCCUGCUCCUCCACACCUCCCAGCAGUCCGAGUGUCACCCACUCCCCAGCCCACAGCCGCAGCCCCAACCAGUCCCGGAAAGAGUCCGCCAGCAGCUCGUCGCCAACCUCCAGCCACUGGUCCGUCAAUUAG